AUGAAGUGUCAGAGAGUCCUCACCUACCUGCGGAUAAUUGGAACCACCAUGUUCGGCGUGUCCCUCCUGGUGGGAAUCUCCACGGCCUACAUCAUGGGUUACCAAUUUUUCACCACAGCACACAAUCACCUAUCCUUCGGCCUGUAUGGCGCCAUCUUGGUGGUCCAUCUCAUCAUCCAGAGCCUCUUUGCGCUCUUAGAACACCGAAACAUGCGGCGUUCCUUGGAGACGCCAAUCAAACUCACUAAGUCCUUGGCGUUGUGCAUCGCAGCGUACCAAGAGGACCCGCACUACCUGAGGAAGUGCCUGGUGUCGGUGAAGAGGCUGACGUACCCGGGGAUCAAAGUGAUCAUGGUGAUUGACGGGAACGCAGAAGAUGACUUGUACAUGAUGGAUAUUUUUAAAGAGGUCAUGGGUCGGGACAAGUCGGCCACAUACGUGUGGCGGAGUAACUUUCACAGCAGGGGGGCGGAGGAGACGGACGAGAGCUACGCUGAGAGCCUUCAGCAGGUCUCCAGGCUGGUGCUGAACAACAAGUGUGUGUGCAUCAUGCAGAAGUGGGGUGGCAAGAGAGACGUCAUGUACACAGCCUUCAAAGCUCUGGGGAGGAGCAUUGACUAUGUGCAGGUGUGUGACUCUGACACUAUGUUGGACCCGGCAUCAUCAGUGGAGAUGGUGAAGGUUCUAGAAGAAGACCCUAUGGUGGGAGGUGUUGGAGGAGAUGUGCAGAUCCUGAACAAAUACGAGUCGUGGAUCUCCUUCCUAAGCAGUGUGCGGUACUGGAUGGCCUUCAACAUCGAACGGGCCUGCCAGUCCUACUUUGGUUGUGUGCAGUGUAUCAGUGGGCCUUUAGGAAUGUACCGGAACUCUCUUCUGCACGAGUUCCUUGAAGACUGGUACAAUCAGACUUUCAUGGGAUCCCAUUGCAGUUUUGGGGAUGAUCGCCAUCUCACAAACAGAGUUCUAAGCCUUGGGUAUGCAACCAAAUAUACUGCUCGAGCAAAGUGCCUCACUGAGACGCCGAUUACAUACCUGCGUUGGCUCAAUCAGCAAACACGAUGGAGUAAGUCAUAUUUUAGAGAAUGGCUAUACAACUCCAUGUGGUUCCACAAACACCAUCUAUGGAUGACCUAUGAGGCUGUAAUAACGGGCUUCUUUCCAUUUUUCCUCAUCGCCACCGCAAUCCAACUUUUCUAUCAAGGAAGGCUUUGGAAUAUUCUUUUGUUUCUGCUUAUUGUGCAGGCGGUGGCGUUGAUCAAGGCAGCGUUUGCCAGCUGCCUCAGGGGUAACAUUGUCAUGGUGUUCAUGUCAUUCUACUCAGUACUUUACAUGUCAAGCCUGUUGCCAGCUAAGAUGUUCGCAAUAGCAACAAUCAACAAGUCUGGAUGGGGGACCUCUGGCAGAAAAACCGUAGUGACGAACUUCAUUGGUCUGGUUCCUAUAUCAGUUUGGUUUACCAUUCUCUUCAUUGGGAUUAUCUACACAGUAAUCCUGCAGUCUAGAAAACCCUUUCCUGAUUCAGAAAAAAUUGCUCUGGUCAUCGGGGCAGUCGUCUAUGCCAGUUACUGGGUCAUGCUUUUGACGUUGUAUACAGUGCUCAUAAAUAAGUGUGGGAAGAGGAAGAAGGAACCCCACUAUGAUAUGGUGCUGGAUGUUUGACUUACUUACAGUCAUCACUUACCACUGAACUUGGUUUUUCGGCCGUUUUUUUACUCUCACCAUGUUGUUAUACAAAUGUUUUUUAGAUGCAGAAAAGCUCUGGAGGCAAAACUGGUUGAGUUCAACUAUAAUGGCCAAACAGGGUUUUUUUUAAACUUGAAAGGAAAAAGAACAUGUGAAUGACAGUGGCUGCUUCUUCUUUCUGUUCAUUCAUGACCAUUGUCCUUUAUUAUUAGAAUCUUGUAUAACUAGCAAAAGAUCAGCUACUGUAAACUCACUAGGUAAACUUGACCACUCAGUAUGGCAUUGUUUAAUACAUUGCAGUUGGCUGCAAGAGUGCUAGGCUUUGUAACGUUAGCUACCUCUUACCCAUGUCAUUUUCAAUGGGCUUCAGUCUAACGUUUGCAACUCAGCCAAAGAAACUGCCUUUUUUGUAAAUCCAUCCAUUGGGGUUUAACUUGACCAGAAAGAAUAUUCUUCCUCCAGAGCAUCAUUGUGUCUCCACAACAUGUUUGUACACCCUAACUAGAAACACAUCUACAUUAAGCCACCGCCAAUGGAAGCAAAGAAACAACACCACUAGCAGCUUUCUCCAUUGUCCUGGAUUAAUGGUGUUUUUGUAAUUGUAAUAUGCAAGUAUCUGGAUGGUCAGUGUACACCUCAUGAAUAGGUGAGGUUACCCACAUAACCAUUGAAAACAUAUCCACAAAUAGUCACAACACAUCUGUUUAAAGAUUGAAUACCACAACUUCAAAGUUCUUAGCUUUUCUGAAGGCAAAGCAUUGGGGUAAUUUAUCAGUGUUUAAGAAUCUCUUUGGAAGAGCUAAAUAAUCCAUGUACAAAGAGUGAAAAGGGUGCAGAAAGGGCUUUAAGAAGAAAAGCUGCUCUUUUGCUGCACUCAUGUCAUAUUGGACACUUUCUCAUAGUCUUCACACGUUAUAAAUGUAUUGAUCUGUUUCAACAGAAGAAUUUGUUUAGUUUCGCUGUUGUCAAUUCAUUGGUGCAACUACUAAAUAUCAAUGGUAGUGAACAGCUAUUUGAUGCAGGCUUGACAUUACAAUUCUUAAUUUCCUGCUUGAAAACGCACGCAUCACUGGCCUUGGUGCAUGUAAAAUGAAUGUGAAAAGGUGCAACAUGCAUAGAAGUGUCCAAUCAUGCCAUCGAGAGGAUGCAAAAUCCAUUAAUAUCCAUCAUAAGGUUAUUUGUUAUUCCCAUAUGACAUGAUUGCAGUAUUUCUCAACGUUUACAAAGUGAAGAAUCUCAAACUGAUCACUGAUUGGUGGAUAUAAUCUCACAGGGGACCAGGUGAACAUGUGACCAGAGGAGAGACUGUGUACCAUUGCUGCUGUGACUGUUUUUUUUAUGGAAAAAAAUAACUUUUUGUUUUACUUUUUUUAUAUGAAUUAUGAGCGAUAUUGCAAAAAUGGUUUUAACACUAUUAUUGGUAAUGUUUUAUCUUUCUUCCAAGUUUAGUGAUAACCACCAAGUAGACAUGAUGGGCAUGUUCCAAUCCAAAUUGCCUUCCAUGUGUCCUUGCUCUCUUCCUAUAAUUCACAUACUGUAUCGAAGAUAGCUUCCUUGUAUUAUGUUGAUUGACAUUGUAAGGAAGAAGUAAAUGUGAGAAGAACACAUUAAUGCACCAAAUGGGAGAAAAGUACUACCUGAUAACAGGAAUGUGAAUAAGGGCACUUCAUGGAAAGGAACAGCACUUUGGAAUGAAACGAGUCCAGUGUUUGCUAAAGACCAGGAGCAGACAUGAGUUUAAUUCUUAUGCACUUUUAUGUCUCUCCUGUCUUCCAGCAUGAUGCUUGACGUAAUCAAGAUGAAAUACCUCAGUGGUUCUCUUUGCAUUGCAUUAAGGCAUUAGGAUGCCUUCCAAAGACUGAUGCAUUCUGAAGGUCUCAAGUAAUUUAUGAUCUGUUUGUGAUAUUAUAUAUAAAAGUGUCCUUUUUUAUACACAGUUCCUUAUUAAGUCAAAGCUGGAUUUCUCUGCCUAGUCGGCCCUUUGCUGUAGCCGUUUACUUGUUGUUACUUUGUAUUUCAAUGCAUUUUAUAUAUAGACAUUUGUUUUCUACUUCGCUUAGCUACCAAAGAUUCUUUAUUUUCACUCAUGUUUUUAUAAGAAAAAUGGGAAAAUGUAUUUGUUGUGCUUUCAACUGUUCUGACAAUGACUUGUAUAUCUGACCAAACAAUGUGAAAUUCUGAGCUGGGGGGUUUGUCUGCAAUAACAACAAGAUAAAUGUUAUUUGUAGGGAUAAGUUAUUGAUUUCAAGAGUGUUGAUGAACCUGUGUUUUUGUACUUUGUACUUAGAUGGAAAACCAGCAUAUUUAUGUAAGAUGAUUCUGUGGUUUAUAGAAUUCUGUUCUUAGUAAGAUGGCCUAUGGUAUACAUGUAAAACCCCUAAGGAUAUAUUUGUAUACACUGCAAAAAAAUACAUUUAGAAAAUGUUUUUAUAUAUAUACAUAACGUGAACAUAAGUGCUAGACUCCAAAUGUGUUUGCAGUCGUGCAUCCCAUGUUCAGUAAAAUGAGCAAUAAUGCCAAAGCAGACUGGAAACUGUAAUCAAAACAUUUGCACACAAAUGUAAUUAUUUGCAAAUUAUGUUUUAAAGUUGGGAGGUGCCUUAUGAAGCAAUAACAAUUUAGAAAAACUUGGGGGACAUUUUUAUACACUUUUAAUGAUGGUUUUAUUUCAAAUGUAAUUAUUGAGACCAAUAACAAUGUGGUUGUUUUCAUGUCAAACUAGUCAUGGGCAGUGUUA